UUAAUUUUAUUGAAUAAUUUAAUUGCUAUAUCUGCCUUAUUUAGUAGUAUUCAAGUGGAUUUAAGAUUUCUUAGUGUAGAUUUAGCAUGAUAUAUCUUCCCUAACUGCUAAAUUAUAAAAAGAUUAGUUACUCUGUGGCAGCGGAUCAAUGUUGUUAAAAAUAUAUAAAUGUUAAAUCUUUUCAACUCCAAUUCAAGAGGGUUAAUGUUUUUAUGUAUUCAUAAGUCUGUGAGUUUGUGUCUAUGUGAGUUUUUUGUGAUGGCCUAUUUUUUAGGUAUACCAUGUCUGUUGUAUGGCUUGGCAGCUAUAAUUUUAAUUCAUCACUCCGAGAUUGUCUACACUAGUAAGGGCCAGGUUACAAUAUAUUUUUUGUUGGAAGAACACAAAGGAUCAUUACACUAAUGUAUGUGUGUGUGGAAAUAAUACAAUU